AUUUGAAAUUGAUAAAACCCGUACGACUCCUUAUCAUCCUAGGUCGGAUGGUCUAUGUGAAAGAAUGAAUAAGACCUUGCAGCAAAUGCUUAAAGCAUUUGUAGAUUCUAGCCGCACAGACUGGGAUGAACACAUUCCUUAUCUUUUAAUGGCUUAUAGAUCUACUGUACAUGAAAGUACAGGUUUUACUCCGAAUCGUUUAAUGUUGGGACGUGAAAUUUCAUUGCCGACUGAUUUACUUUUUGGUAAACCUCCUGAUCAUAAUGUCCCUAAGUGUUAUGAUGAAUUUGUUGAAUGGUUUGAUAAUGCUACAUCUGAAGCUUUUGAAUUUGCUCGAGAACAGUUGGGUAAAUCUGCUGUUCGACAGAAACGUAAUUUUAAUGCAACUGUUAAGCCUUUAUCCUUUAAUGUUGGUGAUCUUGUGUGGUAUUUUUAUCCUCCUAAGAGUAGAAAACUUUCGACUGGUUGGAUAGGUCCUUUUGAAGUGUUAGAUUGUUUUUCACAUUUUGUUUAUCGUAUCAAGAAUGUUAACACUGGUAAUUGUAGAAUAGCUCAUGUUGAUCAUCUUCGUUUAUAUUUGAUGGAAGAUUGUGACAAUUUACCUAAUAUUAAUGCCGAUUUCCCAGACAAUAUUGCUAUUUCCAAUGAUGAUGUACAGGAUGUUGUUAUUGAACCAGAAGUUAAUCCUGAUUUGCCUGUUAGGGAUUCUGAUCAUCAGACUGUUACUCGUUCUGGUAGGACAAGGCGUAGACCUGCCUACUUGGAUGAUUUUCAUACUUGAUUUAUGCGCUGUAACAUUUUGUUUUGAAUUACGCUUUAUAUUUGUUAUACUUUCAGGAAUGCUUUCUACUGUUUGAUAUUUCGUUCCACUGUGUUUCAUAUUUUGCUAAUACCUGCCGAUGGACAUACACAUUGUGUUUUUUACGAGUUUUGUAUUCUUACUGUGUUAAUACCUUUCUUAGGGGAUGUUUUUAUUUUUUUUUUAAGAGUAAAUUUUCUUGUUAAUUUUCUCUAAUGAAAAGGGGAGUAUUGUGGCGGGACUGGAAUUGUCCUAUUUUUUAUUAUUUUGUAUUUUAUUUAUAUUUAGUGUCUAGUUAUUGCAUAUGCAUUGGUGUGUGGAGUCUGAGCCCUAAUUCGCCCAAUAGUUAGAUUCAGUUACUCGACUCCGCCCACCACUGCAUAUGGGAACUGUGCUGCGUACGCAGUGUUCGCUCUUCUUGCUUUUGCUGUCGCUGAGUAAGGACCAUAUUUUGUCGCUCUUAUAUUAUCUGCUUUAAGCGUGGAUUUUACACUAUUUUAAUAAAGUCUCUUCGUUUGCAUCGUGA